UUGUGAGUGUGGGUUUUCCCCGCCUGUUGCUUUCAGUUCCUUCUGUCUCUUAUCAGGCAUAAAGCUAGAAUCUCACUGAAUUCUGUCAUUAAAAGCCUAAUUGUGAAACAGCUUGCGACUCUUGACCUGAAAUAAGGUGUGUAUUUGUGUGAAGAUGUCGGACCCCGAGACCCAAAACCAGCCUCUCCUGGCCAACCAGCAGGCAGCCAUCAAUGCACAGGGUGGCCGCACAUCCCGGGCCUAUAAGGUGGCAGGGUUAACCCUGUUAGCCUGUGUCCUGAUUGUGGGCCAGGCGAUGAUUGCCUACUUCCUCCUCAGCCAGAGGGGUGAAAUCAAGUCUCUGAAGGACCAAAGCAACAACCUGCAGUCACAGAUGACAAAUGGAAGAUCUGUUUCUGUCCCCGUGCGGAUGCACUUGCCCAUGAAUGCCUUGUCUGAGCAAAUGGAUGUGGACGAGGAGGCUUCUACUGGAGUCCCAGAAAAAAAUGUCCCUCCGCAGGCCACUAACUGCCAGCUGGAGGCAGCUGGUUUGAAGAAUGUGCAGGUCCCAGAUUUCCGCCCCACCUGUGAUGAGCGUGGCCUCUACCAGGCCCAGCAGUGUUUUAAAGACCACUGCUGGUGUGUGAACCCAGCCAGCGGGCUAGCGGUCCCUGGAUCCCUGACGAAAGGACAGGCCAGUUGCGGUGGACCUGUCCUCACUGGCCGCAUGGGCAAACUGUUGACUGUGCCUGAUGCACUCGUCUGAAACUGUGGCAUUUUAAGUUGAGGAAAUCUUCUCCAGAGAUGGGCAACAGAAGAACAUCUUCAUCUAAACGUCUAAUCACCAUCAUAUUUGUAGUAUUUGAUAAUCUGAUGGGGUUACAUAUACUGCUAAUAAAUUCACAAAUUAUAUAAUUAUCUGCUUGCUAUCAUCUUAUCAGUUUAUUGCAACUCAUCUGCAUCUUUAAUCUGCGCACUGAUAACUAUUUCCUAUUGAUGACAACUCCAUAAAAAAACUGUAUCUCUCAAAGUUAAGGAUUUUAAAAUAGAUUUUUUUCACGUCAGUUUGAUUUAAAAAAAACAUUUUCCAUGUUGGGAAGAUUGUAAAGAGCAGUAAUUUUUUAUUUUAAUAUAUAUUUUGAAUAUUUAGAUUAACUGAGUGGUCACUUGAAUCUGUAGCCAAAGUUACACAUAUAGGUGCAAUCAGAAACUAGGAUUUCUUCACUUUUGAGACAGCUGUAAACUGUAUGUCUACCAAUUAUUUUAAAACCCAAUUAAAACUCUUAAAGACA